AUGCGGAGGGCCCUCCGCGAUACGGAAAAGGCUGCCGCUCAGGGCCAGCUGAGCCCGUGGCUCAUCUUCACGGCCACCGCCGCCAAAUACCCCGAUAUGGUCUGUCUUUGGACGCGAGAACGCUCCUGCACCUAUCGGGAGACCCUGACGGCUGCGGCGCGGUACGGCCAUUUCUUCCGCUCCCGAGGCGUGCAGAAAGGCGACCUGGUCGCCUUUUAUCUGCAGAACGGGGUCGAGUUCGUGUUUGCUUGGCUGGGUCUCUGGAGCAUCGGAUGUGCCCCGGCCGCCAUCAACUAUGCUCUGGCAGGGGAUGCCUUGGUGCACUGUCUGGGUAUCAGCGGAGCCAAGCUGGUCCUAGUUGACUCGGACCCUGAGUGCGUUGCCCGCAUGGAAGAGCGGAGACCCAUUUUUGAGAAAGAGUUGGGUAUGGAACUGGUCACCGUGGAUGGCGCUCUCACCAACCAGCUGCUGGCCUUGCCCGCCUCCAUCCCCGAAGAUGGCCGUCUCGCCCACAACGUGCCCGGGUCCUCUCCGGCCAUCCUCCUCUACACGUCCGGUACCACCGGGAUGCCCAAAGGCUGUGCCUUUACGAUAUCCCGGCUGUACACUGUGCUAAAAGCCCGGGACAGCAACGCGACCAACACCGCCGGCCCCAAUGGCGACCGCUGGUACAGCGCCAUGCCACUCUACCAUGGCACGUCGGCCAUCACGCUGAUCAGCAAUGUUCUGGGCGGGACGAGCAUCGCCAUCGCGCCUCGAUUCAGCGUCCGCGGCUUCUGGCGCGAUAUCCGUGACUCGGGAGCCACCGUGUUUGUCUAUGUUGGUGAAGUGGUCCGGUACCUGCUGGCGGCCCCGCCGUCCCCGUUGGACCGCCAGCAUCGAGUGCGCAUGAUGUAUGGGAAUGGGUUGCGGCCGGACGUGUGGGAGCGAUUCCGGGAGCGGUUCGGGGUGGCGGAAGUCGGCGAGUUUUUCAACAGCACCGAGGGCCUAUUCGUGCUGUUCAAUCUCAACCGGGGGCCAUUCACCGCGGGGUGUGUGGGACACCAUGGGUUGCUGCUACGAUGGGCCUUGCGAAACACGUACGUGCCGGUAGUGAUUGAUUCCACCACCGGGGAUGCAGUUCGCGAUCCCAAGACGGGGCUGGCCAAGCGGGCCUCAUACGACGAGGGCGGGGAGAUGUUGGUGCGCGUGCCGGACGAAAAGGCCUUCCAGGGAUACUGGAAGAACGAUCAGGCGACACAGAAGAAGUUCCUGCAGGACGUGCUGCAGAAGGGGGAUCUAUGGUACCGGUCGGGUGAUGCGUUGCGGCGGGACUCGGAUGGACGAUGGUAUUUCCUCGAUCGCUUGGGCGAUACCUUUCGCUGGAAGAGUGAGAACGUAUCCACGGCCGAAGUGGCCCAGGUGCUGGGGCAGUAUCCCGGCAUUCAGGAAGCCAACGUCUACGGGGUGCUGGUCCCCAACCACGAAGGGCGUGCCGGCUGCGCGGCGCUCCAGCUGACCCCUGAGGCACGCAGUCCCGGGAGCUUUGACUGGCAAGGGCUGGCGAGUUUCGCGCGGGCCCAGCUGCCGCGAUACGCGGUGCCCGUGUUCCUGCGUCUGCUGGAGAACCCGGCGCACAUCCACAACCACAAACAGAACAAGGUGCCGUUGCGCGACGAGGGAAUAGACCCGGCGAAGCUGGGGACCAAGGUGGCGGAGGGCCGGAGCGACCGGCUGUACUGGCUGCCUCCGGGGGCGGAGGGAUACGUUGAGUUUGGCGGGAGUGACUGGAAGCGACUGACGGGGGGUGGAGCCAAGUUGUAA